AUGCUGCUGCUCUGCCUUGCUGUCCUCUGCCUCACUGCCAGCUCUCCUUGUGAUGCUGCCCCACCAUGGAAGUCUGGGCUGCAGCCAGUUUUCACUGGGUCCGCCAGAAACAAGCUGCUGCUCAUUUCCUUUGACGGCUUCCGCUGGGACUACGACCAAGAUGUUGAAACCCCCUACCUGGAUAAGAUGGCCCAGGAUGGGGUGAAGGCAGUCUAUGUUACUCCACCAUUUCUCACCAUUACCAGCCCUUCUCACUUCACAAUGCUGACAGGACGUAACGUCGAGAAUCACGGAGUAAUCCACAACAUUUGGUUUAACACUAUCACUCAGGAGAAGAAGCAGUACUACAUGACUCAGUUUGUUGAUUCCUACUGGAACAACGGCAGCUUACCCAUUUGGAUAACAGCACAGAGACAGGGUCUAAAAGCAGGUUCUCUGCACUUCCCUGGCACAGCAGCCACCUACAAAGGGGAGACUGUGGGGGUAAGACAAGUUGAACCUCGUUUCUAUGAUCAUUCAAAUGAGACAGAUUGGAAGCUAAACAUCAACAAGGUGAUUGGAGAGUGGUUCCACCAAAAGGAUCAGGACUUUGUCUCCUUGUACUUUGGAGAACCAGAUUUGACUGGGCACAAAUAUGGACCAGAUUCCCCGAAACGUCGUGAGAUGGUCCAGCAAGUAGAUCGUACUGUCGGCUACAUCCGGGACAAGAUCCAAGACUAUGGCCUUACUGACAAGCUCAACAUUAUCAUCACUGCUGACCACGGGAUGUCUACAGUUCUACAGGAUGGACUAGUUGAGAAGAUCAUCCUCUCUAAAAUCCCUGGCUUCAGCUUCAAGGAUAUCCAGUUCCAACUGUUGGAUUAUGGCCCUGUUGGGAUGUUGCUUCCUAAAGAGGGGAUGCUGGAAAAGGUCUACGAGGCUCUGAAAGGAAGCCACCCUCAUCUUCAUGUGUAUAAAAAGGAGGAGAUGCCAGCUAGACUGCACUACAGUAACCAUCCUCGGAUCUUGCCCAUCAUCCUCAUAGCUGACCCUGGAUACAUUGUCAAUGGGUUCUUACCUGUGCACUAUACCAAAGGAGAGCAUGGCUUUGAUAACGAAGUUAUGGACAUGAAAGCAUUCUUCAGGGUGGUGGGGCCUGACUUUCGGAAAAACAAGAUUGUAGAUCCCCUUGACCUGGUUGACGUGUACCCUCUGAUGUGCCAUCUAUUGGGGAUAAACCCGGAGAUCAAUGAUGGACACCUGGACAAUACCAAACACAUGCUGGUUCCCAAGAAUAACACAGGAGGAGACAUCAACAAGAAGUAUAAUGGAAUGGAGGCGCUGAUUGGCUUCUCAGCAGUGAUUGGGUUUCUUGUGCUUUUGUUCAUCAUAACCACAUCCUACAACAUGUGUAAAAGGACCAGAGAAUAA